UUGCCAACCACCAGUAAAACCAACCAGAAGAAGAAGAAGCCCGCAUACGCUAAGCUAGAUAGCUGCUGCAUUGUCCCAUCUCGGCUAAUAUUUCAGCAACCAUGUCUUCAGUUCAGCAUCUCAGAGAGUUUAUCAGAGAGCGACUAACUGCUGCUGCUCAAGAAAUCUUCACAGAGGUUGAAAAAACCGUCAUUUGCUACGAGGAAGAGCUCGAUGCUCAGCGCAGAAUGAUGGGGAUCGACUGGAAACCAGAAAUUAAGCUACACAGAGUCGGUUCGGAGCUGCAGAGACAAAGUUCUGUUCCCACAGACCUCCAACAGCCAAGUGUCUCAAAUGAGGAGGAAGAUUCUGCUAUCCAACAAGUCCGUAGGCUGGCAAGUAGGUUCAGUCAGGACCAGAAAGAAGCAGAACAUCAGUGGACUGAAGAGGAACAGAUGGAACCAGAACCAAAAUGGAUUAAAAAAGAAGAGGAGGAACCAGAACCUACACUGUUUAAAUAUGAGGAAAUAGAAUAUCCACUAACAUAUGUUAGAAAAGAGGAACUAGAUUCUUUGGUGCUUCAACAUGAACAGCAGCCACCAGAACAUUUACCAACUGGACAGGACCAGAAGGACCUCUGCAGCAGUCAGGAGGGAGAGCAGCUUGUCCAGAAGCAGUUUGUUGCUUUGAAUGAGACUUCUACUCUUCAGGAAGACGAUAUAAAUGAAGAAGAGACAAGAACAGAGCAGCUUUUCCUUCAUGUCUCUCCAGUGGUUGAGAGCAAAGAUCAGGAAGGAAGCAGCUCCUCUCUGUCAGAGAGUCAGUCUGAUACUGGCACAAAGAAAAUACCUUUCAAAUGUGACAUUUGUGGGAGAUGUUACACACAACAGUGGAACUUGAAAAGCCACUAUAGAACCCAUACUGGCGAGAGACGUUUUUCAUGUGAAACAUGUGGAAAAAGUUUCUGUGUAAUGAGAGAUUUAAAUCGUCACAAGGGAACUCAUACAGGAGAGAAACCUUUUUCAUGCCAGAUAUGUGGAAAGAGCUUCUCUCGAAUUGAUAAUUUAAACGAGCACAAGAAACUUCAUACAGACCUUCAACAGCCAAGUGUCUCCAAUGAGGAGGAAGCUCCUGCCAUUCAACAAGUCUGGAGCCUGGCAAGUAGGUCCAGUCAGGACCAGAAAAAACAUCAGUGGACUGAAACGGAACAGAUGGAACCAGAACCAAAACUGAUUAAAAAAGAGGAGGAGGAACCAGAACCUACACUGUUUAAACAUGAGGGAAUAGAAUAUCCACUAAUGUAUGUAAGAAAAGAGGAACUAGAUUUUUUUGUGCUUCAACAUGAACAGCAGCCACCAGAACAUUUACCAACUGGACAGGACCAGAAGGACCUCUGUAGCCGUCAGGAGGGAGAGCAGCUUGUCCAGAAGCAGUUUGUUGCUAUGAUUUCUACUCUUCAGGAAGAUGAUAUGAGUGAAGAAGAGACAAGAACAGAGCAGCUUUCCCUUCAUGUCUCUCCAGUGGUUGAGAGCAAAAAUCAGGAAGGAAGCAGCUGCUCUGUGUCAGAGAGUCAGUCUGAUACUGGCACAAAGAAAAGACCUUUCAAAUGUGACAUUUGUGGGAGACGUUACACACAUCAGUGUAAUUUGAAAAACCAUUAUAGAACUCAUACUGGUGAGAGAACUUUUUCAUGUGAAACAUGUGGGCAAAGUUUCUCUGUAAUGAGUAAUUUAAAUCGUCACAAGAGAACCCAUACGGGUGAGAAGCCUUUUUCAUGUCAGAUAUGUGGAAAGAGUUUCUCUGUAAUGAGAAAUUUAAAUUGUCAUGAGACAAUUCAUACAGGAGAGAGGCCUUUAUGUCAGAUAUGUGGAAAGAGUUUCUCUCAAAUUGGUAAUUUAAACGAGCACAAGAAAACUCACACUGAUGAGAGACCUUUUUCAUGUGAAACAUGUGGAAAAAGUUUCUCUGCAAUGAGAAGUUUAAAUCGCCACAAGAUAAUUCAUACAGGUGAGAAACCUUUUUCAUGUCAGAUAUGUGGAAAGAGUUUUUCUCAAAAUAGUGAUUUAAAGGUGCACAAGAUAAUUCAUACACGUGAGAGGUCUUACUCAUGCCAGUCAUGCGGAAAGAUUUUCUCUCAAAUUAUGUAUUUAAAUCGUCACCAAGCAGUUCAUGCAAAUGAUAAGCCUUUUUCAUGCCAGUCUUGUGAGAAAAGCUUCUAUCGAAGGUAUAAUUGGAUCAUUCACAUGAAAACCCAUACAGGUCAGGGGCCGCUUUGAAGCCAAACCUGUGAAAAAAUCCAUCCAUCCAUCCAUCCAUUUUCUUACGCUCAUCUGUGGUCGGGUCGUGUGGAAGUAGCUUCAGAAGGGAGGCCCAGACUUCCCUCUACCCAGCCACUUCUGCCAGCUCCUUCGGGGGAACCCCAAGGCGUUCCCAGGCCAGCCAAGAAUCAUAGUCUGCCUGUCGAUGUCCCGCUCCCUUCUUCCCUCCUUUGUGAAAAAAUUGUCUUUGACAUUGACCCCUUAAUUAUUCUCAUUAGAAUCCACAAUAUUUCAUAUUUUCACAUGAAAUAUGGAGAAAAUAGUGUUCUUUUAUGCUGGUAAACUGAAUUUCCACAUGAAACAAUUACAUAAACGUGAGAAUUGGUCAUUAACUCACACAGAUUCACUGUAAUAAAUAUUAAACUCUGUCUUGAAUAAUUUAACUUUGCAAAACAUUAGACCCUGACCUAUUUUUUGUUGUUAAUUUAUGGAUUUUUUGUCAUCAGAGUUUCAACUGGUUUGGAAGUGGAUAUAUUGAAGCUACUUGACAUGCUACUGGCUGACUUGUCCAAAGUAGCCAAUCAGGACGCUUUCAGCAUCCUCAGAUUUCCAUGAUGGGCAUCUCCAAGACAAAUGUUUGUCAUGAGUAACAUACCAACUUUUCAUGCUUUGUUGAAGAAUUUCAUGUAUAAAUUUAUGUGCCACUUGGAUGUAUCAAACACCUUAAUGAAAGCUCUGACAAAUACAACAUAUAGCAAUAUUAUAUAAAGAUAUUUUAACUAUUGGAAUAAUCGUUUAUCUGCUUUGUGAUGUUUUUUUUUUUUUUUUUUUUAUCAUUUGUGUAUUUAAUUUUUUUUAAAUAUCACGUCUACUUUUUGUCUAGAAAUAAAGAUUUAUGAAGUUGUAUUUCAGCUAAAACUCAUCUGGUUAAAUUAGACAAAUUAUUCUGCUCAGUCAGAAACAGCUAAGAAAGAAAUGAGGAGUUUUGGAUAGACAAUGGAAAAUAAAAUAAUUUUAAUGGAAUAGUUUAGAAAUUAGUCAAACACCAAUAUCAAUUAUACAACAAAUUUAGAAUGGGGAAUAGAAUAGCCAUGUUAUUGGAAAUAUUUCAUACAUUAUUCUGAAUACAAAAUAUGGGUUGAAGGACAUGAGAGGGCAGAUAAAAUGGCAAUUCAAAAUCCUACUAGUUUUACAACAACUAAAUAUGAGGGAAAUUGUAUAGUUAAAAACUGAUUAACAAAUGGCAAAAAGGUGGAAUGAAGAAAAAAGAGUAGGAGAAAGACAAAAUUGAAAUUUGGACGUUUUUAAAUUCGAAAGCACAAUACUGGCAAAUGUGAUCACUGUGGAAAAUAUGAAACUAGAGCAUGUUAUACUAGAAUGUCAUAAAUAUGAAAAAGAAGAUAAAUGAGGGAGAGAUUUUGAAAGUAUUAAGGAAAUGGUUAAUUUAUUUUUGUGGAAUUUGGGUGGUAAACGUAUACAAA